UGAGGCGAGCUCAGCAGCCGUCGGUGGGAGGGUCCUUCGAGGCUACAUGGAGGAGUUUGGUUGUAGGAAGAAGAAGCAGCAGUGAAAGAAGCGGAUUUAAAGUUUAUCUGACACCAAGUUGGAUUCAUAUGAGCCACAGAAGGAAGUUAACAAGCCAGCAGCCAUGACUGUAAUAAUUGGGUUUGAGGGCAGUGCCAAUAAAAUCGGCAUAGGAAUCAUCCGGGAUGGAGAAGUUCUUUCCAAUCCUCGACGCACUUACAUCACACCUCCUGGUCAAGGAUUCAUGCCGAGCGACACGGCCAGGCACCACCGGGCCAUCAUACUGACUGUCCUGAAGGAGGCCCUGGAACAAGCAGGGCUCAAGCCUGCAGACAUCGACGGGGUGGCGUACACCAAAGGUCCUGGUAUGGGUGCCCCCUUGGUUACGGUGGCUCUGGUGGCUCGUACAGUCGCACAGCUUUGGGGGAAACCGCUGCUCGGUGUCAACCACUGUAUCGGACACAUUGAGAUGGGUCGACUCAUCACCAAAUCCGACAACCCCACUGUGCUCUACGUUAGUGGGGGGAACACACAGGUUAUUGCAUACUCAGAGCGGCGGUACAGGAUAUUUGGGGAGACCAUCGACAUUGCAAUUGGAAACUGUUUGGACAGGUUCGCCAGAGUUAUAAAGAUUUCCAAUGACCCCAGUCCAGGCUACAACAUAGAGCAGAUGGCCAAAAAAGGGAGUCACUAUGUGGAGCUGCCAUAUACUGUUAAAGGAAUGGACGUCUCAUUUUCUGGGAUUUCAUCCUACAUUGAGGAUGCUGCUAAUAAGAUGCUGAGCUCUGGUCAGUGUACAGCAGAGGACCUGUGUUUUUCACUGCAGGAGACACUCUUCGCCAUGCUGGUGGAGAUCACAGAGAGGGCCAUGGCUCACUGCGGCUCCCAAGAGGUCCUCAUCGUCGGGGGGGUUGGCUGUAACAUGCGUCUGCAGGAGAUGAUGGGGGUGAUGUGUCAGGAGCGAGGAGCGAAGCUGUUUGCCACAGAUGAACGAUUCUGCAUAGACAACGGAGCAAUGAUUGCUCAAGCUGGCUGGGAGAUGUUCAGGUCCGGUCAGGUGACGGAGCUGGAAGACUCAUGGAUAACACAAAGGUACAGAACAGAUGAAGUGGAGGUGACGUGGAGAGACUGACUGAUGGACUAGAGACAUGUUGCUGCAGUGGGUCGGUUAUGACUGGAGAGCAGUGCAGCUGGCACCUGAACACACUCCAACUCUGCUGCAUUUGACAUGAAGAGCUACUCAGUUAAAUUAGGCCAAACAUCGAAUGGCUUCCACUUCACUUGUUUAAAGGACAAGUCUUUGUUUUCUUGUGAACAAAUCCAAUGAAAAGACCAAACCAACAUUGAACUGAUCCUAAUAAGAAUGAUUGCCCAUCUGUUACUGAGUCUUUUUUAUAAAAGGUGGUUAGGGAUUUGUAUUCAGAGAAGGUAGAUUUCUUUUACAUGGGAUUUAAAACUAUAAAAGGAUUUCCAGCUUUACCAUUAAUGGGAUAGUUCAUCCAUAAAUGAAAAUCCAUUUAUCUACUCACCCCUAUGCCGUUUGAGUCCACAAAACACUUGGAGUUUCAGGAGUAAACUUUGUUAGAUUCCAAUACAAUUGAAGUCAAUCGUAAUAAAACAGAAGAAUCAUAACAUGUCUCCAUACUGCUCCUGUGGUGUAAAUGUCGGGGCUUGCGGACACUUGGAUGACACCACACGAGCAGUAUGGAGGCAUGUUUUAUUAUGUCAGACUCACUGUUUACCCGUGAUACUCAAAGUGUUUUGUGGACUCAAACACUUCACCCACACCCCCCAUCGGCGUGAGUAGAUGAGUGAAUUUUCAUUUCUGGGUGAACUAUCCCUUUAAGAUUGCUAAAGGAGACUUAACUCUUUUGUGGCUGGUGCAAAUAUUGCAGUGGAGAAAAGUUUUGUACCCUCCUGCAAAACCUCUUCUGGUCCCGGGAGGUGGUGGAGCUUUCCUGAGAUGGACUACAGCAGUUUUCCUUCUGACCCGUCCAGGCUUGAAGCAUCUUGUCUCUUUUACAGAGGCUGUGUUGUGUGUGGGUAAUAAAACGGACUAAGAUGGAAAAUA